AUGGGAUCAUCAAAGUUUCCUCACACAAAGCUGUCACUCAUGCUAACAUUGUUUCUAGCCAUCUUCGCAUGUGCAGAAUCAACGCUUGAUCAUGGUUUUCUUCAAGAAACCAACAUAACUCUCUACGUUCAUGACUACUUUUCCGGCCCAAAUGCAACAACCAUCGCUAUUGGCAACCCAUCCGAUGACCACUGGGUUUCCGAUAAUUUUGGCGCAAUGUAUUGCAAAGACAGUCCCAUGACUGAGACGGCUGAUCCCGAGUCUGAUUAUGUAGGGCGGGCUCAAGGCACUUUUGUGAGUGCAGCCUUGGAUGGGUCAAGUAGCCAAGUAGUCCUGUCACUUGUGUUCGAGACAAAUCAAUUCCAGGGCAGUACUCUACAGGUACAAGGUGCUGGUGCUCAAUUCCAGAGGGUUAGAGAGCUGUCUGUGGUGGCUGGCACAGGUGAAUUUCGAUAUGCUAGAGGUUAUGCCACGUCUGAGACUAUUUAUUAUGAUCGGGAGGCUAAUUAUUCAGUUGCUGAGUGGAAUAUCACAAUGGAGCAUUAUAACUAA